CCGCUUGCUAUGCCGUACGCGUGAGUGUCAUUGCACUCUGUUCAGCUUUAUCUGUGCAGAAUUUCUUCCACACUAUAUAGAGUACUUCCUCUGCCCGUCAGCGGCUUUCAACGUCGACACAGGGUUGUCGGAGCUUCGGCAGCCGUUUAGAGUAGACUGAAGCUCUAGGAAACAGCCAUGGCUUCCCUGCUGAAGCAGCUUGCGGCGCCCAUCUACAACCGUAUGGGUGUAGCCUACCGGGCUGCUGUGGGCCAGAAGCUUUCCAAGUAUGGCCUUCGCUUCGAUGACCUCCAGGACCCUCUGAAGGAUGAGGAUGUUAUGGAGGCCCUGAGGCGGCUGCCCCCCGACGUGGUUGUUGCCCGGAACUGCCGCCUGCGGCGUGCUCUGGACCUCUCGGGCAAGCACGAGAGCCUGCCUCAGGAGCUGCUCGAAAAGCAGACGCCGGAGCUCUCCUACCUGACGGAUGUCCUGGAGGAGGUGCGCGCCGAGCGCCGCGAGCGUGCUCAGCUGGGAGCCCCGGCGCCAUACACCCGCGAGUACUACCUGUCGCACUAAGUGCCGCGGUCACAGCUUAUCGUGUAUUAGUUUAGGUGGUGUCGAUACGCGAAGAUUUCUUUUCGCGGCUCUGCUGUUGUAUGGACGGGUUCUCAACGCUACUUUGUUCCUAUUAGGAGGACGUGUAGGUGUUCGGUGCCGUGUGCUCUGCACAUGCAUGGUGAAGUCCAUGACGGUGAUGAGAGCUUGUCUACACGGCUGCAUACCUUUGUACGCUGCAGUUUUCCUUAACGCUAUGGCAUGUAACAUCUGUGGAGAUGUGGUGAAGA